GGUAUCUGGGUGUUCCAGGCCGAUGGCGAGUCUGACGCCUACGGCGGCAACAAGGGCGGUGACGGGAAGAAGAACAAGAAGCGCAACACUUACGAGGCCGAGCCCGCCCCUACGAUGUCUGCAGCCCAGUUGGAUGCGGCGGCGAACACUGAGAAGACACGCCUUGCUAAAGUGGCAGAGGAAGCAGCUCGUAAGGUUCGGAUGUGCUUGCAGGAGGUCGAGCAGAAGCGGACGAAGGCCAACAAGAUGCGCGAGCAGUUGGAGGAGGCGACUGACGCGCUGUUCACGGCUACGGCGGCGCAGGAGAAGGCGGAAACCGAGCGGAAUGACGCUGACCGCAUCUUGCGCGAGUUCAACCCCGAGCAGUGGAAGCUCCUGCUGUCGCGGGAGGAGCCUCUGCUCCCCGCGGCGUUCCUCCUCCCGGUGGCGCGGCACGGGGCGCCCAGCGGGGGGCUCCUGGCUGUGCUGCUGAUGCUCGCCCUGCUGAGGGACCUGCUGAGGGACAGG